CGAGGUUGACAGUCUUAUCCAGUCGGUGUAAGAGAAGCGAUCGCUUAGUUACUUAAACUGAUACUUUGGAAUAUAAAACAAUAGAUAUCGACGAACAAUAAUAGAUGGAUAUGGACACAUUUUGCUGAGGGGUUUAGUGUAUUAGCUGAAAUUAUCCUUUCGUUGUAUUUUGAGAGUUUACGUUUUAUUUAACAUGUUGGACAAACGCAUUGUGGAUCUGCGCUUGAAUCAGCUGGAAGACCCGAAAGCAAAAACUGCAAAAGAGCCCUUUGAGAAGCAGUAUAAGUGUGGAGCGCUUUUGGGGAGCGGCGGGUUCGGCUCCGUGUUCUCCGGGCAGCGCAUUUCAGACGGCCAACAGGUCGCUAUUAAACAAAUAUCCCGUGACAGAGUUCAACAAUGGGCAAGACUGCCUGGUGAAGUAAACAUGGUCCCGAUUGAGAUCGCUCUUCUCUUGUCUCUUGGAGGAGGGACCUUGGUACCCGGUCACCGGGGUAUCAUCAGGAUGUUGGACUGGUUUGAGGUGCAGGGUCAAGGUUACCUUAUUGUGUUUGAAAAACCCCAACCCUGCCAGGAUCUUUUUGACUUCAUCACAGAACGUGGAGAACUGGAGGAGCCUGUUGCACAGAGCUUCCUUAAGCAGGUUAUUGAAGCCUUGCAGUUCUGCCACUCCAAGGGAAUUGUGCACAGGGACAUCAAAGAUGAGAACAUCCUAGUUGACACUCGUACCGGUGACAUCAAAAUCAUCGACUUUGGAUCCGGCGCUAUACUGAAGGACAAAAUUUACACUGAUUUUGAAGGAACCAGAGUUUACAGCCCUCCUGAGUGGAUCAUUCACCAACGUUACAACGCCCGUCCGCUCACUGUGUGGUCGCUGGGCGUGCUUCUAUUUGACAUGGUGUGUGGAGACAUUCCCUUCGAGAGGGAUGCAGACAUCAUACAGGCCACUCCAAGUUUUACUAAACGCAUUUCCAAAGAAUGCCAGUCUCUGAUUCGCUGGUGCCUUGCAUACAGGGCAGAGGAUCGGCCAACUUUGGAGCAGAUUUUGAAGCAUCCUUGGAUGAUGGAGAAUUCGGAAGACAUUGUAGAUUUGCAAGAGAAAAGCAAUAUUAAGCCAAGCCUUUGAUUCAGAAGGACUUUGGACUUGUUUAAGGAAUUCCAUAUACACUGUUUCAUUUUACACUGGACUUCUUGAACUCUAGUUACUGCCUUCUGGAAAUUUCCUAAUUUAUUUGUUUUGUUUGGCCAACUUCAACGAGCCUCGUUUUGUUUCAUAUGGACCUGGGAUCUACAGGCUACGUCUAGAAUCACCAAAUUUAGCCCUGGAUUGCUGCAGUGUUCUUUUGUUUUCAACAUCCUCGGCCUGCAUAGUACCAUGCAACCCUGGGACUGGAUCUUUUAUAUUUAUUCCUGGUAAUUUAUUUUGACAGCCGUAUACUAAUUUAUUUUUGCACUCUAAUGAGAUUUCAGAAGCAGUAAACUGUUUCUCUGUUUUGUUUUUAAGUUCUAAAUGACUUAAGAAAUGAGCAAACUUAAGUCCAUCAGCAUAUGAUGAGACCUGGUUUUACAGGUUUUCAUUGUACAGUGAUAUACUUUCCCCGUUCUAAGGGAUGAUAAAAAGACUUUGGAUCUUGUUUCCAGUCAAUUGAUGGAGCACAACAAGAAUUAAGCCUCACGUGGAUCCGUUCCCAUUGAUUGACACACACUCUCAAAAGGAAGUGCAAGGAGUAUAAACAUUCCUGUUGAUCCUGUUUACUUCGAAUGAACCAUUUCGCUAGUUAGAUUCCUGAAAUCUUUCAGCCAGCUGAAUUUUGGUUUCAGUCUGUAUUGUUUGUUGUCAAGGCUGUAACUUAAAAAAAUGUUGUCAGGACACUUUAUUUGAAAAGAUCUGUAGAUCUAUAUCUUCGCUUGGAAAGAUGAGAGUCGGUGUUGAUUAAUGUCACGAGGUCUUUAACCACUAACCCAGCAUCUGUGUUUGCUAAAAGGGUCAAACGUAGUUUUCUAAUUGUUUGAUUUUGUUAACACCAAAGAAUGAAGUAACACUCCCUUGUUUGAGGUAAACAUUCCCUAUGCAAAAUAUCUAUUUUCUGUUUAAAUGCAUACUGCAAAUAGCAUUUUUUUGCAUAAACACUUGAACUUUGCUACAAGGUGUUUUGUGGAAUGUGCUUUGGAUCUGAAAUGUGUUGGCAUGUUAAUGAGAUUUUUGUCAAUUCACAUCUGUUCGAAGUUAAAAAUGUUUUAACAUGUUUCAAAUGUACUAGAACUGGACCUCUGCCAACAUAUUGUUUAAAGCACCCAUUAAAAUCCUGGGAUAUGAUUGA